CCGCCCUCGCGCGGGGGAGGAGCGGGCGGCGUAGGGCGGGCGCAGCGGGGGUCGGGGCGCUGGGAGCCCGUUGGGCCGCGAACGCAGCCGCCACGCCGGGGCCGCCGAGAUCGGGUGCCCGGGAUGAGCCUCAUCCGGAAAAAGGGCUUCUACAAGCAGGACGUCAACAAGACCGCCUGGGAGCUGCCCAAGACCUACGUGUCCCCGACGCACGUCGGCAGCGGGGCCUAUGGCUCCGUGUGCUCGGCCAUCGACAAGCGGUCAGGGGAGAAGGUGGCCAUCAAGAAGCUGAGCCGACCCUUUCAGUCCGAGAUCUUCGCCAAGCGCGCCUACCGGGAGCUGCUGCUGCUGAAGCACAUGCAGCAUGAGAACGUCAUUGGGCUCCUGGAUGUCUUCACCCCAGCCUCCUCCCUGCGCAACUUCCAUGACUUCUACCUGGUGAUGCCCUUCAUGCAGACGGAUCUGCAGAAGAUCAUGGGGAUGGAGUUCAGUGAGGAGAAGAUCCAGUACCUGGUGUAUCAGAUGCUCAAAGGCCUUAAGUACAUCCACUCGGCUGGGGUCGUGCACAGGGACCUGAAGCCAGGCAACCUGGCUGUGAAUGAGGACUGUGAACUGAAGAUUCUGGAUUUUGGGCUGGCGCGACAUGCAGACGCCGAGAUGACUGGCUACGUGGUGACCCGCUGGUACCGAGCCCCCGAGGUGAUCCUCAGCUGGAUGCACUACAACCAGACAGUGGACAUCUGGUCUGUGGGCUGUAUCAUGGCAGAGAUGCUGACAGGGAAAACUCUGUUCAAGGGGAAAGAUUACCUGGACCAGCUGACCCAGAUCCUGAAAGUGACCGGGGUGCCUGGCACGGAGUUUGUGCAGAAGCUGAACGACAAAGCGGCCAAAUCCUACAUCCAGUCCCUGCCACAGACCCCCAGGAAGGAUUUCACUCAGCUGUUCCCACGGGCCAGCCCCCAGGCUGCGGACCUGCUGGAGAAGAUGCUGGAGCUAGACGUGGACAAGCGCCUGACGGCUGCGCAGGCCCUCACCCAUCCCUUCUUUGAACCCUUCCGGGACCCUGAGGAAGAGACGGAGGCCCAGCAGCCGUUUGAUGAUUCCUUAGAACACGAGAAACUCACAGUGGAUGAAUGGAAGCAGCACAUCUACAAGGAGAUUGUGAACUUCAGCCCCAUUGCCCGGAAGGACUCACGGCGCCGGAGUGGCAUGAAGCUGUAGGGACUCAUCUUGCAUGGCACCGCCGGCCAGACACUGCCCAAGGACCAGUAUUUAUUUGUCACUACCAAACUCAGCCCUUCUUGGAAUACAGCCUUUCAAGCAGAGGACAGAAGGGUCCUUCUCCUUAUGUGGGAAAUGGGCCUAGUAGAUGCAGAAUUCAAAGAUGUCGGUUGGGAGAAACUAGCUCUGAUCCUAACAGGCCACGUUAAACUGCCCAUCUGGAGAAUCGCCUGCAGGUGGGGCCCUUUCCUUCCCGCCAGAGUGGGGCUGAGUGGGCGCUGAGCCAGGCCGGGGGCCUAUGGCAGUGAUGCUGCAUUGGUUUCCUAGAGAUGCUCUAACGAAUUACCACAAACCUGGUGGAUUGAAACAGCAGAACUUGAUUCCCUUACAGUUCUGGAGGCUGGAAAUCUGGGAUGGAGGUGUUGGCAGGGCUGUGGUCCCUUUGAAGGCUCUGGGGAAGAAUCCUUCCUUGGCUCUUUUUAGCUUGUGGUGGCAGUCGGCAGUCCGUGGCAUUCCCCGGCUUAUUGCUGCAUCACUCCAGUCUCUGUCUCUUCUGUUCUCUCCUCUUUUAACAACAGUCAUUGGAUUUAGGGCCCACCCUAAUCCUGUGUGAUCUUAUCUUGAUCCUUAUUAAUUACACCUGCAAAUACUCUAGUUCCAAAUAAAGUCACAUUCUCAGGUUCCAGGUGGACAUGAAUUCCAGGGGGAAAUGAUUCAACUCACUACAGACAGCUGGGAGGGAGGGGCCCCUUCCUGGGCCCCGUGCUGAGGCCUUGUGCUCUGUGAAGGAACCCAAUGUGUUUGGCUGCUAAAUUAAGGGAGUUGCAGAGAGAGCUGCAGCUGGUGCGAUUUCAUUCAGGUUAUUUUGGGUGAGUGAUAAGCAAUCAAGAUAUGAA